AUGUCCAUGUUUGCCCAGAAGAAGCCGUACUCGGCCGUCACCGCGUACAUCGAGCGUCUCACCAGUGAGUCUUACGAGGAAGAUGAUCUCAGUGGUAUUAUCGACCUCGUCGAGGUCAUCAAGUUGCAGUCGACCGGUCCCACGGAAGCCGCGCGCGCGAUUCGCAAGAAGCUCAAGUAUGGCAACGCCCAUCGCCAACUCCGCGCCCUCGCCAUUCUCGAUGGCCUUAUCCUGAACGCGGGCCCCCGAUUCCAGCGCACCUUUGCCGAUGAGCCCCUGCUCGAGCGUCUCCGCGUCUGUGGCACUUCAGAUCUGUCUGAUCCAGACGUCAAGAAGAAGUGCAGGGUUCUGUUUGCUGGAUGGGCUGACUACAAGGGGACGCCGGGACUUGAGCGCAUCGCCAAGCUUCAUACGGAUCUUCCCAAGCGCAAACAAGCCAUGACACAGGAGCGAUCCAAGGCUGUCCGUGAGACGGAGAAUCCCUUUGGUGAAGAGGAUGAGGACGAAGGUCGCCAGACAUCGCCGUCAGGCCGCGCCGGCGAAUCGUCUAAAGCACCGUACGGGAAACCGGCCAGCACCGUCAACUCCUUCAGCCAUACGAAGUCAUCCUCUGCGUCUGGAAGCACGUCCUUCUUCGGAUCCUCCAAAGACAAGAACAAGACCAAGGAUAAGAAGGGCAAGAAGAAGCCCUUUGUUCUCGAGGCUGAGAAGGAGAACAUGAAGAGCGAUAUUGCUGAGGCCUCCAUCUCCACCACCAACCUUAACAACGCCCUGCAGACCAUCAACCGAGAAAAGGAGCGCAUCUCUGACAAUGCGCUCGCCGUUCAGCGAUUCGAGGAGUGCAAGAAGCUCAGGAGGAAGAUCCUCCGCUAUUGGCUCGGCAGCCUCCUCCACGCAAACGACGACCUCGUGCUUGCGCUCAUGACUUUCGAGCAGCUCGAUCGCUCUAUCGACGCGGACUCUGACUCGGAUGACGAACUCGCGGAACAGGCCCACAUGUACAGAAUGGCUACCGAAAAGGGCAAGAGCGCAACCCCGGAUGCGCCCGAUAUGGCGGGCCUCAACCUCGGGGCCAGCCCUCCCCGUCCCUUGGCUCCGUCACGCCCCGGCGCCAGGUCCAAGCCCGCGUCUGUGUCGCCAGCCAAUGCUUCAGGGCCGACGAAGCCGCCCCGCCCGCCGGUCCAGCAGGUCGAUGACGACGACGACGACGAAGACGAUGACGACCCCUUCGCGGACAAGAAUGCCGUCGCCACACCCGCUCUCGAGAGGGGACAGCCGUCGUGGUCGUAG